AUGGAGGUGGCGCCGGAGACGCUCGACGCCCUCGCGGGCUGGUUCGUGCACUCGCUCUCACCCGACGCCGCCGCGCGCCGCGCCGCCGAGAAGAGCAUCGACUCCGCCGCCUCUUCCCCGGGCUUCGCGCUGGCGAUCCUCGCCCUCGCGGCCUCUCCGCGCCACGACCUCCAACCCCGCCUCGCCGCCUCCGUCCAGUUCAAGAACCUGCUCCGCAGCCGGUGGCCCAAGUCCGACGCCGACGCCGCGGACGCCGCCGACCACCUCCCCGCCUCCGACUGCGCCAUCAUUAAGACGCACCUCCUCCAGCUCCUCCUCACCGCCCCGCCCCUCAUCCAGGCGCAGCUCUCCGAGGCCCUUGCCGCCGCCGCGGCCUCCGAUUUCCCCGCCAAGUGGGAGUCGCUCCUCCCCUCCAUCGUGUCCUCCUUCGGUACGGCCGUCAACGCGGGGGACAUCGCCGCCACCAACUCUCUCCUCGCCGCCAUCGUGUCGCUCUUCUCCCGCUUCCGCAACGCAUUCGACAAUAAUGCCCUCCGCCUCGACCUCAAGUACUGCCUUGACAUCUUUGCCGCCCCACUCCUCGAGGUCUUCCUCUUCGCCUCCCGCCGCCUUCAGGCCGCAGCCACCACGGCCAACCCGCUCGAGCUCCGCCCCGUGUUUGAGUGCCUUCGCCUCUGCUGCGAGAUCUUCUACUCGCUUAACUCCAUCGACCUGCCUGAGUUCUUCGAGGAUAACAUGCGCCAGUGGAUGACAGAGUUUCGUGCCUUCCUCACCACAUCCUACCCACUGCCCGUGGAGGCAGAUGGUGCCCCGGAUGCGCUCCGUGCUGCUGUCUGUGAUAACCUGCAGCUUUAUAUGGAGAAGUACGAGGAGGAGUUUAGGGGGUACCUGAAGGAGUUUGUUGAAGCUGUGUGGGGGCUCCUCAUGGCGCAGACCGCUUCUCCAUCCCGUGCACAGCUUGCCGUUACUGCAAUAAGGUUCUUGACUACAGUUGCCGAGAGUGUGCACCAUGCCUUAUUUGGGAGUCCUGAGGCAAUGAAGCAGAUAUGUGAUAGUGUUGUCGUGCCUAAUUUGCGCCUGCGGGAUGAGGAUGAGGAGUUGUUUGAGGGCAAUUGGGUGGAAUAUGUUAGGCGUGACUCUGAGGGUAGCGAUGCAGAUACGCUCAGACGGGCAGCGUGCCGGCUGCUGCGAGGCCUUGCAGCGAACUACCGGGAGCAGGUGGCUGCACUUGUGUCAGCACAGGUCCAGCAGAUGUUGGCUGCAUAUGCUGCUAAUCGGGCAAACAACUGGAAGGAGAAGGACGCUGCAAUGUACCUUGUUAUUGCUCUUAUGCAGAAGCCUGGUGCCACAGGUGGCGGUACACCCGUGGUUGACAUGGAGAGCUUCUUUACAUCUGUGAUUGUGCCUGAGCUCCAGGCCCCUGAUUGGCAGUCUGAGCCAAUGUUGAAGGCAACUGUGCUCAGGUUCUUGAAGGAGUUCAGGGAUCAGAUCCCCAAAGCCACUGCACUGGCACUCCUACCAAGUGUGGUGAGGUUUCUGACACAUGAGUCCAAUGUUGUUCAUUCAUAUGCUGCUACUUUUAUCGAGAACCUGCUGAUCAUCAAGGAUGCUGUCCCGGUACCAGGGUUGACCACAGUGACCAGGUCUCCACGUUAUGUUGCUGCUGAUAUCAAUCCAUUUGCCGCACAGAUCAUUCAGAACCUGUCCACAGCACUAGGUUUCCCUGAUUCAUACGAGAACCCCUACCUGAUGAAGUGCCUGAUGCGGGUGCUUGGGAUUGCUAAUAUAGCUGGUCAAAUUGUUCAUGAGAUCACUACUCGACUUGUGGGUAUUCUCAUGGAAGUGUGCAAUAACCCCAAGAACCCUGACUUCAACCACUACUUGUUUGAGGCUCUGGCAGCAGUUAUUGGCCGGACUGGUGAGCAGGAUCCAGCACUACUCCCUGCUUUUGAGGCCAGUCUCUUCCCAGUGCUCCAGAGGAUAUUGGUUGAGGACAUCUCAGAGUUCUGGCCAUAUGCUUUUCAGAUAUUUGCACAACUCGUCAAUUUGAGUCGACCACCUCUCUCGCAGAAUUACAUGCAGCUAUUUGGUGUCCUUCUCAGUAAUGCCACUUGGGACCGACCACCAUGUGUUCCUGCCUUGGUUCGCUUGCUGCGAGCAUUCCUUAGGAAAAUUCCAAAUGAGCUAAACCAAGAGGGCAGGCUUCCAAAUAUCUUGGCAAUAUCCCGUAGUCUCCUCUCACGCAGCAGCACGGAAGAUUCUGCAUUCUACAUGCUGAACACAAUAGUGGAAAAUGUUGGUUUUGACAUUCUGAACCCAUAUAUAAGUGAGAUAUGGAGUGCUUUGUUUACUCGGCUGCAGACUAGACAGGCAGUGAAAUUUGUGAACUCUCUUGUGGUUUUCAUGUCACUAGUGCUGGUCAAAUAUGGAUCAAGUGUUCUUGUCAGUUCCGUUGAUGCAAUUCAGCCAAAUCUUUUCACCCAAAUCCUUCAGCGAUUUUGGAUUCCCAACCUCAAAUUGAUCAAAGGUGCUCUUGAAGUUAAGUUGACAGCAGUUGCUUCGACAAAGUUGCUUUGUGAGUCUGUGGUGCUGUUGGAUGCUGCUGCAGCCCAGUCGUGGGGUAAAUUACUUGACAGUAUUGUCUCACUGUUGUCCAGAACGAAUCAAGAUGGGGCGCAACAAGAGCAAAAUGAUGGUACUGAUGCAGUGGAUAUUCAGAAGACAUCAAGUUAUUCUGUCUCAUUUGUACGGCUUCAAUAUGCUGGAAAGAGUGAAGAUGGCCUUUUGAAAGAAGUAAAUGAUACAAAACAGUUUGUGGUCACAUCCUUGGCCACACUUUCUGUCCAGUUUCCUGGGAGGUUUGGUCCUGUCAUUGAGCAGCAUGUAGACCCAGCAAACAAAAGUGUGCUUCUUCAACUUUGUGCAGCCUACAAUGUCAACAUUGUCUAG